AUGCCCGCGCCAGACGGCUCAAUCGCCGUCGACGAGGAAACAGACUUGACGCUGCUCACGCAGCACCUAGUCAAGACCAACAGCUUAAGCCAGCGCAUGACCGGUAUCCUCUUCCAAUUAGACGGCCGCCUCUCCCGUCUCGACAAGAGCAUCGCGCCGCUCGGAAUCCGCCAGAUGACCCGCCAACAGGCCAACAUUGACGCCGUUCUCGAAGCCCUUGCCCCCGGUUCCUCUAUUCCGCCGCUCUCACCAGCCAUAUCAGUCACGGCACCCCUACGACCGCCCGUCGAGCGCGGCGGUUCAACCAACACUGUGAACAGCGAGCGCAUCCUCGCCAUCCCAUCCGCCUCCGCUCUAACCACCUCCCCAGCCCGGCCCUCACCUUCCCUCCCAUCCACCAGUCCCCAGUCGCCGCCAGUCUCGGUCAUGGACCGCACCCGCGCCGUGCCCCGAACCGACAUCGUCCCUAGAUGGCAGGAGAGUACCACUCCGCCUGCAGCCGUACGUGAUGACCCGCUCGCUACCGGAAACGAGCGGGCAGUUAUUGCGCGCGGGCCAGAUAUAAUGAGUCUCAAGGAGUAUUUUGGUGCGCUCAAGGCCGUCAUUGGCGACCUGGAGCCGAUGUACCAGGGUCUACAGGAAGGCCGGGGUGGGACGCGCGAGCAGAAGGUUGCGGAAUUGUCCGCCCUCCUCGAAGAUGGCUUCAGCCGCCUCGUCGAGCUGCUCAUUUCGCGUGUCAAAGAGACCAUGCCGCGCCCGUUCGAUCCUGAGCAUUUGAUAGCAUCGGCACCUCAGCCGGUGACGACGUAUUACUCGGGUUUGUCGAGUGUCAAGGCGCUCUCGACAGGCCUUGUCGCGCUUGUCGAGCCAGCGCAGCCCACGCCACGCGCCACCGAGAUCUUCACCCCGAUGUUAGGCAGAGCGAUCAACGCGCUGGGUGACAUCCGCGGGGACUGGCUGCGCCGUUCCCUCGCCCCGCUCGCGCAUCAGGUCGAGGAAGCGCCGGCCACAUGGAACGGACUUGACGGCGACAAGGUUCGCCUCGCCGUGCGCCUGUGGGACGCUUACCUCGUCGCCUGCGACGCCGAGGUGGAGGUCGCGCGGACCAUGCUACCUGGCGCCGCCGGCGAGCGGCUGGUCGACGUGACGAUCCCACACGGUGCGGCUCUCCUCUCGUCAACCAUGGGCUCCGUCAUUUCCUCGUUCAAGCGCAACCUUAGCGACAGCACUUUGAUUCUCCUCAACAUCUACGAUGGCCUCUCCUCACUUGCACCGCGGUAUGACGCAGGGAUAGCCAGAAUCCUCUCCGAAGACGUGCCGGAGGUGCGUACCGCCUUGCGAUCCCAGCUGGCCGCGAUGCGUGCCCUCGCCCUUCGCUCUUUCCCCGAGCGCCUCGCCGACAUCCGCGCCCCUCCACGCUCCCCACCAAGUUCGACACAGAUCGACGACACGACACACGUGACGCUCACGUACCUCGAACAGCUGCCCGUGUUUGGCAGCCUUGCCGAGACACUGCUCAGGUCGACAGGACACGGGGAACGCGCGUGGCUCAUGGGUGGAGCUGCGCCAAGUGGUGCCACCAACGCACAAGAGGAAGGAGGGAUAGUCAACCUUUACGCCGCGGACGUGCUGGGCACUCUUAUUGGCGCCCUCGAGGGACGGGCCAAGGGCAUGCGCAAACCGGUCGGCGCGGCGUACCUCCUCAACAACCUGUCGCACAUUAGAAACACCACGUCGUCAUUCAAUGCCGACAUCAUCGGUCCGGCGGCGGAAGAUAUGCUCAAUAAACACUUCCGCGAGGCAAAGAACUCGUACCUCUCUGAAUGGGCGCUCCUCGUCCAGCUCCUCUCGCACACGGCCGAGAAGCGCUUCAACGUCGGCAGCGCCGACAAGCAGAGCACAAAGGAGGCUGCAGCGUCCUUCUUCGACCGCCUCGCCGAGCUCGAGAUGGUGUGCCGCCAGCACCCGCUCUCGCGACAGGAUCCCGAGUUACGCGAGCGCAUGGGGAACGAGGUCGCCGACUUUGUGCGCCAGGGUUACACGGGCUUCUGGACCAAGGCCCAUUCCAAGGGGUAUGACAAGUACCUCCGCCAGACCCCCGACGAGCUGUCCCGUCGCGUGCAGAACGUCUUCCGAUAG